AUUUGAUUUUUAAAUUGAUGGUAAAUAGUAAAAUUGUAUUCCAGACCUGACAUAGCGGGUCUUCGGCCUAUGGUACCCAGACCAACUCCCGCCCUGGAAGAUCUGGAAGCAACACCCAGAAGGCAACAGUCGGUGGAUGCAGAAGCCAUAAGAAUUGUGAUACAUGAUGUAGAUUCGGGAACAGCAGCGGCGGCCCAGAAACGGGUGGUUUUAAGAAGGGACCCAACAGAUAAAGCGCAUAGAAGAAGGAACCCUUACGUUGGUGACGAAGAUCAAAAAGCAAAAGAAUCCAUCGUCAAUUCACGACACUUACUAGCUCGAGGAUUCGGAAUGCGUGUUGUGGGAGGUAAAACAGCUCCCGACGGUCGUCUUUUCGCCUACAUUGUGUGGACCGUCCCAGGUGGACCAGCGGAAAAAGGAGGCCUCCAACAGGGUGACAAGGUCCUCGAGUGGAGCGGCGUCUCCCUGAUCGACCGCUCUUUCGAAGAGGUGUGCGCCAUCAUGGAUCGCACCGGAGACACCGUCGAUCUGCUCGUCGAGCACGCCACUGACCUAAGAAUGUGCGACCUGCUGGAUGAUCCGAUCCCUCCGCCAACCACUGCAAUAACAGGGAGGAAACCCUCCGAAGCAAAUAUUUCCGCGUUGCAUAUAGAACCAUCAGACACGGACAAGGCGCCAUCAUCACCGACAAGACGAAAACUACCUAAAACGCCGGAACAACUAGCUCGUGAACGAAUGGUUUCUGGCAGAAUUCAAAUUCAGGUGUGGUACCACGAUGAGAGAAAAGAACUAGUUGUAUCUGUACUAGCUGGAGACGAUCUAGCCGCUAGAGAUGACAGUUUAGGAUUCGGUUCCCUUCCCGAAGCUUAUGCCAGAUUAUGCCUUCUUCCACUAACUGCUGAAGAACAUUGCGUACAAACAGAAGUAGCCCCAGCCAGUCAAAACCCCAUAUGGAAUGCAAAUUUGAGUUUCCCCAACGUACCGGGCGAAGAACUGAUGGAACGCGUAUUGGAAAUCACUCUAUGGGACCUUAUUCCGCACAACGAGCAUGCUUUUCUCGGAGAAUGCUCCGUCGAUAUUCAAAAAGCAUUUUUAGACGAUAGAGCUGUUUGGUGUCGAUUAGAAGACCCCAGACAAAUGAGAGGAAAAUCUCCUCACACUUCCCCAAGAGGUUCCGUUGCUGGGACAGGAAAGAGGAACGAUUUUGGUAACCAGAGGAGUGUUUCGGAUGACGUCGAUUCAAUUGGAGAAUGCGCUAGUCUCCUUCAUCCAGACCAUGCAUGGGGAUCCCGUAGAGGAUCGUCGCAAUCUGAACAACUCGAAGUAGAAGUUUACGAACUUGGAAAGGAUUUUUCGAGAUCCUUACCGGGUUCCAGACGGUCAUCAUUUCAAUCAGCUCAAGAACAGCAAGAAGCAGAAAAACCUGCUGUUCCACCACCUGCUUCUUACAGUAGGGACAGAAGAAGAAGCAGUUGCACCAGGAUGCUGAGAGACCCAGAGGAAAUUUUGAAGUCUCUGAAGGCUGUGAAAGGGGAACUGGGACGAACUAUGAGUCUCACCGGAGAUAAAAAAAAUAGACGUUCAAGUGGAGCAGGUCGGGAUUCCCGCAAGGAAAGCGUAAUCGAGGUUAAUGAACCAACCAGAGAGAGCCCACCUUCAAGCCCUGAACGCACGUCCCCGCCCCAAUUAGGUCCAGGCCAGAUUAAACCCCGAGGCUUUCGCCUCUCGAGUACCAAGCCAGUAGAAAUAAAAUUAGGUCUACUCAUGACUAAAGGACAAUUAGAAGUAGAAGUAGUUUGUGCUCGGCAUAUCCCAGCGAAAGAUAUCCUUCCAGAUACCUACGUAAAAUGUUAUUUGCGAGAUGGUGACCGUUGGCUCCAGAAGAAGAAGACCAGGGUUGUGAAGCACACUUGCGAGCCCCAGUUUAGGCAAACGCUCAAGUACCAAGCUUGCGAUGUUUUAGGGAGGAGCUUGGUGGUGAUGUUGUGGGAGAGGCAAGGAGGAUUCGAGCAUAAUCAGGGAUUGGGAGGAGCCGAAGUAGCUUUAGACUCGAUCACUUUAACUCAUCUAACGACGGGCUGGUACCCGUUGUUUCCGAUUCACUCAUUAGGAUCUGACUCAAAUGAUUCGCCUUGACCUGGGAUGGAUAGUCCGUCGGAAAGUUCUGCAGAGUAAUGGGUUUAUGUUUAGUUCCAGAUUCUUCCUGUUUGAUUUUAAAUAUUUCUCAGUUUGUAAUAUCUUUUACGACGUUUUACUCGUUGUUCCUGAAACUCCUCACAUAUAGUAAAGGUCUGUGACAGUUUGAAGAACUAAAGAACCAAAUAAAGUUGCAGAUAUUACUAUUCUAAACAGUAAUAAUUUCUAGUAUUCUCAAUCUGUCGCAGGACUAAGCGAAAUAUCAUUAAAAUUAUCGUUUAAGCAUUAGUGGUUUUGGGUAGUUAAUUAUGUAAUAUAGAAAUUUAUUGUAAUGCUAGUAAAGUAAAGAG